GCCCACGGGAGCCGAGCGGGGCCGAUAGGAGCGGGGCGGAUUUAUGCGCUGCGAGCGGGGCCGGGCCGGGCGGCUGGAGCGGCGGCGGCGGCGGCGGGCGGGAGCAGCAUGGGUGUGAUAGGUGUACAGUUGGUGGUGACCAUGGUAAUGGCUAGUGUCAUACAGAAGAUCAUACCUCAUUAUUCUCUUGCUCGUUGGCUUCUCUGCAGUGGCAGUUUACGAUGGUAUCAACAUCCUACUGAAGAAGAGCUACGGAUUCUUGCAGGGAAACAAAGAGGGAAGAGCAAAAAAGAUAGGAAAUAUAAUGGUCAUAUUGAAAACAAACCUCUAACCAUUCCAAAGGACAUUGAUCUUCAUCUGGAAACAAAGUCUGUGACUGAAAGAGACACUAUAGCAUUGCAUUACUUUCCUGAGUAUCAGUGGCUGGUGGAUUUUACUGUUGCAGCUACAGUUGUGUAUGUGGUGACUGAAGCCUAUUACAGUAUUGUGAAGCCCUCACAGGAAAUGAAUAUCAGUGUAGUGUGGUGUCUGCUUGUCUUGGCGUUUGCAGUUAAGGUACUGUUUUCAUUGACCACCCAUUAUUUCAAAGUGGAAGAAGGAGGUGAAAGAUCAGUCUGCGUCACCUUUGGCUUUUUCUUCUUUGUGAAAGCAAUGGCAAUUUUGAUUGUGACAGAAAACUAUCUAGAGUUUGGGCUGGAAUCAGGAUUCUCAAAUUUCUCGGAAAGUGCUAUGCAGUUUCUUGAAAAGCAGGGUUUGGAAUCACAGGGUCCUGUGUCUAAACUAACCUUCAAAUUGUUCCUGGCUGUUCUGUGUUCACUUAUUGGUGCUUUUUUGACAUUCCCUGGCUUGCGACUGGCUCAAAUGCAUCUGGAUGCUCUGAAUUUAGCAACAGAAAAAAUAACACAAACGUUGCUACAUAUAAACUUCUUGGCACCUCUAGUUAUGGUUCUUCUGUGGGUAAAACCAAUCACUAAGGACUACAUUAUGAACCCGCCUUUGGGCAAAGAGAGCAUACCUUUAAUGUCAGAAGAUACAUUUGACACCAUGAGGUUGUGGAUUAUAAUCCUGUUGUGUGCUCUGCGGUUGGCUAUGAUGCGCAGUCAUUUGCAGGCCUAUCUGAAUCUAGCCCAGAAAAGCGUGGAUCAGAUGAAAAAGGAAGCUGGCAGAAUAAGUACAGUUGAUUUACAAAAAAUGGUGGCUCGGGUAUUCUAUUAUCUUUGUGUAAUUGCACUGCAGUAUGUUGCACCAUUGGUGAUGCUCCUUCACACAACUCUGCUUCUGAAAACACUAGGUAAUUAUUCUUGGGGCAUCUACCCGGAACUGAAUUCUGACACUCCAGUAGAAAACAAUCUGCUUCCCAAUUCAGUUUAUUCUGAAUCUCCACCUGCUGAUGGAAAGAUGAAAGUAACUGUAGUACAAAUAACAAUGGCUUUGGGAAGCCUAAAGAAUAUUUUCACUCCUCUCCUGUUCCGGGGACUCCUGUCUUUCCUUACCUGGUGGGUUGCUGCUUGUCUCUUUUCUACAAGCCUUUUUGGGCUUUUCUAUCACCAGUACCUGACUGUGGCAUGAACAGAUCAACUGAUAAGUACAACGUCAAAUUCUAGAUACAAACCCAGGUACCCAAGAGGAGAUGAAGAUAAAAGAAGAAAGCUAUAUAUGAAGAGAAAACAUAUCAGAUUUUUUUAAAAAAACUCUUCCUCUGUGUUCUCAGGGUGAAUAUUCUUAAAAUGUUUAAAAUUACAACUGGGUUUGUUAUUUUUGUUACCGAGAUGGUAGGUAACUAAUUCAAUUAUAGUAACAAGACUGACAUUAUUGUGUGGCAGGUGUUGGUGGCAUGUUGAAAAGAUACAACCUCUUUGUAUCUUGGUUUCCAUUGAGAAGAUGUCACCCUCAACACUUUGUGUUUUAAGAAUCAGCUGUCAGUGACUGAACUGUGUAAGUAGGCACUGGUUAUGCUGAUGAUGGCUGCCUAUUCAGUUAAACCUUGAAACUGAGCCAUACAAUGGAAUAUGAAAGGGGAUUUUAAAAAGUUCUGUUGGAUAGCUGUUGAUCACUUUUCUCCAUGAAAAAUGAAACAAUCCAACAGGACAACAGAGAUACUGUAUAUUACAGUAAGAAAAGUUGUAUAAAAUUUAAAUUUAACAUAAGAUAAACGAGUGGACCUGGCAGGUAUUGCUGCCUAAAUAUUAUGCAGAAAUGCUUGCACAGUGAGAGGGGAAUUAUUAAAAAAAAAAAAAUAAAUAUAUAUAUAUAUAUAUAUAUAAUACAGUCCCUGCAGUCAUUUUGAAGUAAUGGCCAUCUGUAUUGGUGCUAAUAUUGAUCCACAGAUUCCAUUUGGAUCUUUUAAAUUUCUUCUUUUUAGGUAAUAGUUAAAUUCCAUUGAAUUCACAAAAUAAUAGACGUAGAUUAGUGACAGCAUUUAAACAUUUCAAAACAGUUUAAUCCUGCUGACUAAGAGUGUAUGUAUCUGUAAUGUACAUAUAAAUAUAUAUUAUAUAUCAAAUAUAUAAUAUAUAUGAAGUUACAAAAUACGGAAUCUUUAUUUUAAAUUGCUGAAUGUAUAUUACAAGGCCAUGGGAGAGGUAUACAUGUGUAUCUAGUUAAUUCAAGAUCCCAUUUGAAAUGAAAAUUAAAUUUGUUGAAAGUUCAGUUGAAAGGGCUAUUUGAUUUUUGUGCCUCUACAAAGGUACUUAGCUAUACUAAAGAACUUAAGCUAUUUUGCAAGAAGAGAUCAACUUCAACUGUUAAUGUUGAAAUACCAGCUCUGUCGGAUUGUCUCCUUUAGCCAGUGUAAUCUGUGUUAACUUGGCCGUAUGGUAACAAAUAAUAUCUCUCAGAAAUAAUAUUUUUCUGCGUAAUAAACAGUUAUUGUAAGGAGGAGCAAAGCAUUAACUUUAAAAGCUUUGCUUCAGUGGAGGGUUAGACCCUACAUAUCAAACUGUUGUGAAACAAUGAAUUACAAUGUUUUAGAUGUUUUGUGUAGUUGGAGAACAAAAAUGGGGAUUCAUAUGUAGUAGCUUUUUUAAAAUGUUAAUAUUACACUGCAGAGUUCAGUGCUUUAUUUUUUUUUGACUAAUACUGGCUACUUUUCUGUUACUGUUCUUUUUCUCUUGAAUUUGUGCUUUGGCAUAUAAGCAUUUAUAAAUGGAAAAGCUUAAAUAUUUAAUAUGUUGCAAACCUGCCAUAUGGGAAAGCAGACUGUCCAUGAAUGCAGAAAAUUCAGAAUUUAGACUGGUGAUAAAUUGUCUUGCUAUGUUGAAUGCCUUUUAAGUUAUUUAUUAGUUUAUUAAGUUGCAUUUGCUGAUACUAGGAGAAGAUUUAUGUACAUCAGCUAGUACCUACUGCAUGCAUUUGGGAUGUCUUGAAACACCUUGCAUGAUUCAAACGGUUUCAUUGCAGUGUAGUAUUUCAGUGCUAUUGGUGCUGUAAGCUUUGUUUUUUCACACCGACCUUUCAUAGUUAACAGGGACAAAGACUCAACUGUGAAUUAACCUAAAAAAUAUUUGACUUCGUAGGUUCAGGUUUUGAAACACUCCUAGGAAAUGUCAUUCAGAUGAAUAGAAUAACAAAUUAUAGCACUGAAGGAAGUAUUGUAUCUGUUAGUUCAAGAUAUAUCAUUAAUAUGAAAAUUAGAAAGGUCAGCUUUUUAAUUUAUAGGUAGGCAUCCAAUAUUGAUGUUUUAUUCUGGAGAAUACUAAAACAAUACAGUGCAGUUUGAUUCUGAUUGUGAACUUGGUCCAAAAAGCUCACUACGUGGAUGAGAUGUAUCCUAUUGCUGCAAUCUGAAGGACAGGAAUGAACUUCCAAUACUGGAGGAGACUUAAAAAUAACGUUAGAUAACAGUUUCCUUUGGCAUAGCUACAUAUUUUGAAAGCUUGUAGUUUGUAAAAGUGAACUGUAGUUACAUCAGCAGAGCUUUUGAUGAGGAAGCACACUGUCUUACUCUUCAGGUGUCGCACAGAUCACAUGGAAAAUAUGCACUUGGAUGUUGCUAGCAUUAAAAUCAGCAAUUCUGUCCGUUUUUCCACAUUUUGUUGUUCCACAGAACAGGAUGGACGACCUUCUGGUCAGCAAUUAAUCUGAAUGGGAGGUGGUCUUUCUUUGGUUUCACUUAAUCAUUACAUAGGUCUAGGAGGUUUACUAAAAACUAACAUACAGCAAUAAACAUCUUUGAAAUGUGACAGUGAAGCUAGAGGGAGUAUAUUGCCAUAGUUGUGAGCAGUGCAUUUUACAACUACCUGAUAUGCUCAAAAAUGGCUUUUAAAGUAAAACAGCAGCCUUGAUAGUCCUUACUUCCAUGAAUAUUAUUUGAGCCUCCAAGAAGUAUCUGCUCACUUGUUCAGGAAGCUCUUUUAAAUCAGCAACUGGCAAAUGCUUCCUCCAGUCCCUACACCCCCUCCCUGGAGAGCUUUAUCAGCAGCUUGGGGUGAAAAAAGCAGCUUAUAGAAAUGGAAAAGCAGGUAAAACCUGUCAGAGAGGUUAGUAGUUUUUAUUCAGGAUUCUUAAAUACUUGUUUUUCCUCACUGCCUACUACAUUUCUGAGAGAUUUUAGAAGGAAAGAUUCUUUUGACAAAGAGUCAAAGUGUUUUUUUUUUUCUUCCUUUUUCCUGAAUUCAGAACUCCUUUUAUCACUCCAGUACUGUGACUUGUUGGCCUGACACUUCUUUCCUUCGGUCCACAGCUUUUUCCUACAUUACCUACACAGAAAUGACAUAGCUAGAUUAGUCAAUGUUGCUUGUAUUUUGAUUUUUUAUUCUUUUGGUUUGGUUUUAAGUUUACUUAUCAUUGCAGCAUAAGUCCCUUUAAAUAGUUUAAAUAACUCCAAAGUCCAGCUGAAAUACAAACUUGCCACCAGUUGGUUAAACACUGCACUUCUGUAAUGGAAAUCCCUUUAGACAAAGUUGGGAUAGUGCUAAAUCCAGGUCUUCCAGCAAGAUUCAGGGAAACCCAAGUGUAACGCUUGCUCUAUUUCUGAGAUUAGAGAAAUUGAUUAGGAAUGAGAGAGGACUGUAACAAGCCUGUUCUUCCACUUUGCAGGUGGUGUUCUCAGGCAGCACUUGUCCUCCUUUGAUACCUUCUCAAGCUUUAGGAUUUUCCAGGUGUUGAAGGACCUGUAGCAAACUAGCUGUUUUUUUUUUCCUCUUCCUUCAUGUUGAUUCUCUUGCAAGAGAAUCAACAGCUAAAGUAAUAAUGGAGAAACAGGUAUUAUCAACACAAGAGAAAUCCUUGUACAGACUGAUGUGUUUUAGAAAAUUAAUUUCUAUGGCAAUUGAUCUUUCCCUUCUGUUAGUUGCAAAUACUGGAAGACAAAUGAAUAGAGAUGUAUCCUUACCUGGAUUGUAAAGUCAAAUUCACCAACAAACAAAAGUGUCAUCAGGAUAUAUCAGCACAGCAAUUAGGUAGCAUAAUUUCAACGUAUAGAAUGGGUCGUGAGUACAGAGGUUUCAAGUAACUUCAAUGAAAUAAUUACAAGUUUGUUUACUGUGUUGUAGCUAACUACAGCUAAAUGGCAACAGAGGUCUUGGAUUUAAUGCAUGAAAAAUUUAAACUAUCUUAAAACCUAUAGAAAUCUUACAGAAGGCCCUACAAGAUUAAAUGCCUUGUACAUUUUUAUUCUUAAAAAAACUAUUGUUUUGAGCACUAGUUUGUUUUUCAUGAGAGAUUUUGGAUGGUUUUGAAAAGUUAUACUUUCAGUUUUGCCAUUUGACACAAUUUGUGUAUGUUAGCCACAAAAAAAGUCAUCCCACAGAUAAUUUUGUCCCUACAAAGUAACUAGAAUGUUCUGGCUGUGACUGAAGAAUUAAGUGCACAGUAAAAAUGGGAAAUCAUGAAGGGAAGUAAGGCCAGAGAAAAUAGGAUUUCUCUUGGAGAAAUCUUUCUUUUAUGGCUAAGCAAAAUCUUAACAGUGGAGGGCAAAAGCAGGUUGUUUGGAUUUUAAGUGAAAUACUAAAGGUAAAUGUUUACCGUUGUGAGUAAAUAAGACUUUUUUCGAGUACCUGCAGCCCAAGUCCUAAAUCCCAAAUGAUGAUUUAAGAACAAUGUUUUGACCUCGCUGUUAGUUGCUCCAAAGAGCAUCUAGACAACAGGUAUUGAAACCAAAUACCUGAUCUAGUUGAGCAAGCUGAUGCAGAGUAGUCAGUCUGUGCUGCAGAGUGAUUUCUUGAAAGGUCUGCCAUGCUUUGUGUCUUUGGCAGUGCACGUACUAAAAUCGACGGUGUAUCUAGUCUUCAUUCUCAAUACUAGGCAGAAGAGUUUUCACUCUGUGGAAGAGAUAGUGAGACCAACAUGUUAUUUAAAGGCUGCUGUUACUGAAGUCUGUAUAUGCUGCACUUUUUCAGGUUUCUCGCUGUGGAUUGCCUGGAAGGUUAUGCUGUGCUGCACACUGUUUUGCAUGCCAGUGUAUUUGUGUUGUUAUUACUUUGGUUUCAGUGGCAUUUUUAAUGGAAAUUAUUUUUAAUCCUGUUACCAUGGAACAUCUUUUCAUUUGUCAUUAAUACCAGCGCCUGCAACUAGAAGUCAAAUACUUCUACACUCAAUUUUUUUUUUUUAAACUUGGUGUCCAGGCUGGAGUGCUAACACGUACACAGUUUUAUAUCGAUUUGUGGAAUCCACCUGUAAAUACCAAACUUUUUUCACAUCAUCACAACAUCAAUCCAGAAUAAGGGAGGAAGUCCAGGUUUGCAGUAUUUCAACAUACUGUGACUCUGCUAUUAAAACAAACAAACAAAAAACAACUAGGUUUUACAAGUAGCUUUUUACAAACUCCUUAGUAGUAGGCCAUUUUUAUUUAAUUUAUUAUGCUGAUGAGUUUUUUUUAAGCCUGGCUUAAAAUAUCUUCUGGUAAAGUCAGCCUUUGUUCUCUUUUCCUUUGUUCACUUUCUCUGUUCACAAAUCAAAUUUUGCUUCCCAUGUAUAUUUUAAUUUUCAAGAAUGCAUAUUUAAAGUAUUUUUGAUAAAAAGCCAGGACAACAAUAAACACUCCAAAAAUUUUACUUCAUAAAGUACAGUUCACACCCAUGUCAUGACAUAACAAAUGUUUUUAGUUUUCCCUGUCUUCAGUCAUUCCUUUGUCCUGUUGUUAACACUCUACAUGUUCUUAGUAUGUAAGGUUUUCUAGGAAGAAUACAUGGAGCAAGAUUUUGUAAUAGUGAUCUUAGGAAACUUUGUCUGAUGUUUCAGUCAUUCCAUUUAUGUGAGCCAAUAUUAAUGUAAACAUGCUAUCAAAUAAUCUAAGCCUAAAAAUUCUCAUAGAUAAACUUGUUACAGAUUGCACAAGGAGCAUCCUCCAAGUUGUAAAUACUUUAAAUUAAUGUCUCUGUUGCUGGGACCAGACAUAGAUUCAGUGCUGUUGCUUUGUUAAGAGUCUUUAAGAAAAAAGCACCUAAUACUGCCUACACUACAACAAACCUCAGAGUAGAGGACUCCCCAUCCUUCAUUUCAGUAUUUGCCAAAUGGACAAGGCUCUGAUAUUAUUUAUGUAUGUUUUAGCUUCCUACUUCUGCUAAAUUACUGAUACAAGGUGAUUUUUAUAGUUAGAGCUUUGUAAGUAUUAUGAUUGGCAUGCUUCACACUGAAGGUGGUAUUAGAUGACAGUUGCAUUACAUAGACCUCCUGACCAGUGUUGCAUCACCUGCGUCAAAACAAAUUAUUGCGUUUGCUCUGUGCAUUAGGGGUUCGUUGGGACUUAUGGACAGGAGAGUGCAGCACAAGCUGGAAAAGCUGAAGAGUAUUUGAGGUUUUGUUGGCUUUUUUCUUCCUUUCCUUUCCUUUUUUUUUGUUUAAAGUCAGUGUGGAUAAUACCUAGGUGCAAUUACUACAAAUAAUAAACAGUGUACAGAAACAUUGCAUUCUUUUUGUGCACCAUAGACUGAAGUGCCUAAACAUGGGUGGUCUGUAAAAGGCAUGCUUAAAAUUUGUUGCAUCUACUUUUCUGGUUAUUUUGCUAAAUAAUAGAAGGUCAGCUUUUGGAAAGAAAAUGCAAGGACUGCUAGUCCUAAAAAAGGGGAUAUACUAUAAAAUUAUUUCCAUAAAGCUUUUGUUAUGUAGAAUGUCUACGUGUUUGUAAACGUUAUUAAACACUGGAGGCAAAUAAGAUUUUGUAGAAAUCUUUUCCGUUUGCAUUACUUCAGUGAUAUUCUAACAGCUUUGCCUACUACCUGAUGGGUAAUGUAACACCCCACUGCCACAUAUACAUUAUUUUCUUCCUUUUUUAUGAUUGAAGGAAGGGAUGUGUGCGCAACUUUGAAACAGUAUAACCAAGUUUUUUAGUGACACCCUUGAUAUUACUUACGCCCCAAUUCUGCAGCAAACUUUGGCCAGGUAAGUAGUUCUGCCUGAGUUCAGAAAGACUGCACUGAGGUUUGUCACAUCCUUGUGGAUUUGGGGUACAGGGAGUACAAGAGAAGCUGCAUUGUAACGUGGCUGUCUGGGACCGAGCAAAGAAAAUGCACAAGUUAUGUGUACCAAUUUCACAGAGUGCUUUCGGGGUAUAGAAUAGCAAAGUCAUCCUUACCUGUAAGCUACUUCCCUGCCUCUGAGCAUGGUUGAGCACUGAAGGUGAAACAAGACUAGUCAUAUUCAGCAGGCGGACGGGGGAAAGUGAAGGAACAGUAGGUGCCUACCCCUGAGUUAAUUAUGCACUCUAAAUGUGAAGUGCGUGUAAACUGAAACGGUGUUACUGGUUUAAAUCUACCAAAGGAAGCCUUCCUCCAAGGAAGCCUUAUGAAACCAUUUUGAGCUUUUAGCUCUAAAAAGUGGCUUUAGCAACCUAUACUGUAUGUAGUACACUGUUUGGGAACGCUUCCUCCAGUAAGUGUGCUAAAUGCUUCCUUACACUGUGUGUAAGAAAUUGUUGCUUAUUAUUUGACUGUGGAGCAUUUACAAAUCUGUCUUUACAAAGUCUUGUUUGGUAAGUCUUAGUAUGUAUGUGGCAGCAUUUUAUUAAUGUCGAAAUAGUAAGAAUUGGUUUGUCAUCUAAAAACCUAAAUCCUUUAACAUCAGUAAAUGCUGCUAAGUGAAAAAAGAUUAUACUUUCUUGUUCCCCUAGUCAUUCUGGAGAGAUCCUAUAUAUAUAUUUUUUUAGUAAUGCACACAUUCAUAAAUUUGUAUUUAUGAGGUACUAGUGAUAAUACCACAGCAAAUCUAAGAAGAACUGUGAUACCUGCUGUAUAUCAACUGCCCCAUCAACUUGCUUGCAUUUGUAAAGCAUUGAUCCAUAUGAGACAUUUAUUGUCUACUACAGUGAUGCUGAUAUAGUAUUUUAGUAUCCCUACGUGUACUCUGCAUGUCUUGCAUUUGUGGACUGUAGAAGGAUAAAUUGUUUUACAGUACUUACUCUAGAUUUAAAAACCAAAUCCAUUAUUUUAUAUAGUAUUUCCCACAUCCAAAAUAGGACAAUUUCUAAAGCCAAAGAUCAAUAAAUGUUUAUUGUCUUAUCAGUGUGUUUUUUUCCUGUUUUGAUUAAUACAUCCCAUUUGUUAUGAACUCGUACAAAAUCUCCAGGUUUGAUGAGAAACAUGGUAACCAAACUUUAUCCACUCAGUUUCUGUGCUAGCCUAUAUUAUCUUUUUUAGAAAUACUUGUGUUGAUUGUUUCCCCCUCCUUGCUUGGGGUGCAGCACAACAAUCACUUUUUUCCAGUAUAAAUGCAGACUGGGGGUAAAUUGCUAUUCAUAUGAUUAAGACAAAGAACCACUUACAGAUUUUCUAAAACUAUUAUGGUCUUUUCUAUUCGUGCCAUCCUAAUAGCGCUAAGAAGCAAUAGGCCUAAAAAACUGUUUAGUAACUUUUUUUUUUUUUUACAUGAUUUUUGGAAUAUUGAUUUUGGUUAUGCAUGGCUUUUCUUUCUGGGCACGCACACAUUGCUACACAGUAGAUGGAUGAAGCAAAAACUGCUCAGGUAGUUCAGCAGCACCAAACAUCCUUGAGAAAACACUCUUCUUUAAUCUACAAGCAAAACUGUAUUUAAAAAACAAACGAACAAAACCACUUUGAUUAUAAAGGAAAGUCUGGCUGCAGAGAAAGGAAGGUGCUGCACAGUCCCAAGGGCGAGCGAUAACCUUUCCUAUUGAGCAAGGAUAUUUUUGUACUUUACAAGCAUCAAAAUACACUGCAGACCGUGAAAGCUUCUAUCAGUUUCCCAAAGCCACAUGUCUUAUUAGCAAUUUUGUAAUAUUGUCAUAUAUUAUGGCCAGCAGCUUUGGAAAAGAGAAAAAUUGGAACACCAUCUUAAUUUUGGGUUGGGAGUGGGGAUUGAAAGUGUGUAAGAUAACUGAGCUGUGGGACCUCCUCCUGAAAGUGAUCAACCCAUUACAGAUAGUAGGGUGAGUUAAAAUCACAGUUAGGAGGAAGGUAAUGAGCUGUGGUGGGAUUUGUUUGUUUGGUUUGGUUUUAUUUGCACAAGCUGAGAACAGCACUCUCAGCCAUUUGCUUUCUCCGUGCAGCCUGAAGCUGUCUGCCUUGAGACUCUGCAGUCCCUUAAGCUUUGCAGUAGAAUGGAUGUUUAGUCUGGCAUGUAUAAACUCAACAGUUCUUAUAGUCUGUGAUUCUAUUUCAGACAGUGUAUUGAUUCUACUUUGCUACUUCAAAGUUCAAGUUAAUUAGCAGGUGUCAAUGAAGGGUAUGUGAUUCUCAAGGUUUAUUCCAGGCUAGGUUUCAGUACCCUAUGAAGUUUGUUGUAUUUAACCUUCAAAAGGACUUUGGCAUGAGCAAAAUCAGAUUAUUUGAGCUGCUAGCUCUACAGCAUCUAAUCUGUGUGUGCUAUGACCACAAUAAGUGCUCAAGUGCUGUAUAGCUCAGGCAGCCAAGCAGUUGUCUGGAAAGUCCUUCCAUUCAUCGGCUAGACACAGCUAUGGGUCUCGUGAAGGCAUGUGCUCUGCUCUUCUAGCUCCUCAUCUGCUCGGCAGUAAGAAGCUCUCCCAAGUCUUGGCAGCACGUUCCUGCAGCAGGAGGGAACCUGUGGUUUCAAGCAUUUGGUGAAGUCCUGCUUUUGAACCCAGAAGGUCUGCAAUCUAUCUGAAACCAAAGUGAUCCAAAGGCCCUUCAGCGAGCAAAGUGGGCGAAGCUGACUACUGCUGUAAAGUGCAAGCAUGCAUCAUGGACUGGUCAUCAUGGAACAGCUGGGGGACUACACAACUCUAUGAACUGUGCUGCAAGAGUUGUGUGGUGGAGGAAGGCCUGGAAGCAUACACCAGCAGAGAGGGCAAAACUUCCAGUACCUGGCUGCUGCCAGCUGUUCUGGGCAGGAUGGAGAAAGCAGUGAGGGAAGACCGUUCUGUUUCAAGUCAGAUGCAUGAAGAAUUUGCAAAGAAGAUGUAAUACAAUUACUGUUGCUUUCCUGGUAUGGCAGGCUGUUGCCUGAUGGACUGCGUAAGGGACACAGCAGAGGCUGGGAGGAAUGUGCUAUGUAGACAAAGGGCAAUGGCCACAGCAAGUAUGUCACUAAUUGAAAUGCUGCAGUCGUGUACAGCAGUUGUUUUCUGGAUGUUAUCUUGACGAGUGGUUGCUAAAGCACUGUUUCUAAGACAUUGUUACCACGUCACCUUCCCAGAGAAGGAGAGGGCCCUUUCCUUUCCCUGAGCCUCAUUUAUGGGCUAUUAACCUAUGUCUCAUGUUAGAAAGUAAUGUAUUGUCCUUGCUCUGGAAGUGAGUGAACUCUUCAAUAUUUUGUGCCACUCAUAGGAACAAAGUGUUUGAAGACAUCUCUAAAGCACGGUUUGCUGAGGAUUAGUGUUUUUACUUCCUAGCUGUGCAGCAUUGGUGGGGAAAGUCUGGGGAACAGGCUUCUUCUCCAUUCUUGAAAAGUGGGGCCACAGUCCAGUUCUGUCUCUCUUGAUGGCUGAAAGGAAGAUUAAAACGCCCUUCCUGAAUUACAAAAUUCACGUCACUCUGGAUAACUAACACAUGCCCAGUAUUUCUUCAUAUCUGUCAACUUUGAGCACACUUUUUUCAAUGAUGGCACAACUCAUGUGGUUUACAUUUUUAUGGGUGCGUAUGGUAUGAAUAGUCCUACACUUGUCAGAAAUUAAAAAGAGGUAGGCUCUUAGUUGGGGUUAGAUGUAGCUGAUCUAGGAGCACAGGUGUCCAGUUACUUCCUGUUCACUUGGGAAACGCAGGGAGGAGGAGAUAACUGCAAGCUUUGGCCCUGAAAUCCUUCGCUCUUCCUUGUCUCACACAUGCUGUUCCACCCACAAGAUGGUGGUGGCUGCGCCAGCUGCGGCCUGCACAAAGAUGGAGGUGGGGCCUGGAUGUGAAGCACAGCUUUCAGACAGGAGAGAGCUCUCUGCGGCAUGUAGGAGGAGACCAAGGGGUUAAAACACUUCUCUGUGGAAUAAAAACGCUUUCAUCCUAGGGGAAGGAUGGGAGCCAGAGACUGGAACCUGAUGGUAGAUAAAUUAUAACAGUAAACAGUGCUGUUUUAACAGCAUCACUAAUUACAUCACGACCGGCAGAGGUCAAUUCUCCACUGGGUUGUCUUCAGACAACCUCUAUGAGCUGCUGUGGGUGGGCAAGUUAUUGCUUUCCAUGCAGAGAUAGCCAACAAAAGGUAAAGGAGAUGGAGGACAGACAGUUAAAACGAUGUUUGGUUUUCUUCUAUAGAUUGGGAUUGCCACAGUGCAUUGGCACUGCUAUAGUGGGAUUGCCACAGGGCUGAGAGGGGACAUGUGGAUUUAGCGUUUCUUUAACACAUCUGAAACACAGAAUAUGUGCAGCCAUAUGUGUAUUGCAUGCUGCCUCUCUAGUAGGAUACUGGUAUCUGAGAAUAGAAAAUGAUUCUUUCUGUAAAAGGUGCUGAAUCUUCCUGCAUGCCAAGAGUGGAGGCAGAACAUCACCCUUACAACAUUAGAAGUGUAAGCCUUCAACUCUUGGUUCUGAGGUUCAAAUCUUACCACCUGAAAUUCUCAGGUAAAAGUAGAGCAGGUGAGUUUCUGAGAUAGGUGAUACAUGAGUGCCCAAGGACUGGCACUUAGAUUCCAGCUGGAUUUUUCUGGGGCUUUCCACAUGGCAGACCUCAUUAGCAGGAGAGGUAUUGCUGUUGUGGUCACCGACCUCAAGUCUGAGCUGGUGACUUAGGUUCCACUUCUCUUAAGUGGAAGUGAGAAAUCUGGAGGUGAGAAACAUUUUUGUUCUUUUCCCCCUGCUUUCAUUGUUGCUCUUAUUAAUAAUAAUUUAUUUAAUUACUGUACGGAUUAUUUGCCUUUUGAUGGCUAUAUUACUGAGACAGUUGUUCCACUGUCAAGAGACUCCACUUUGGAGCUGUGCCCUCAACUCUCUCCCUGCAGCCCCAUCUUUUCAUCAGAACCUUGCUUGAGAAACUCAAAUAUAAUGGCUUAUAUCUGUAUGUGUAUUAGUCAUAUAUGUGCAUACAUGUACAUGUGCGUGUGCGCCUAUGUAUUUAUGCACAUAAACGUGUAUGUAUAUGGGUAUGUACUUUUACAUAUAGACACCAUCCCCAUUCUAGACUCCAUGUCUUAAUAGCAAAAUGUUCACAGUAGUCCUUUUGAAACAUUUACUUGCUUCAUGCUCUUAAUCCAUAUGUUCUAUUUUCCUUCAGAAAAUCUCAUACUGGAUUAUCUCAGAGACCUUAAAGGCAAGAAAGGUUGCAUCUCUUGCUUUCCUCUUCCCUACCAGGCCAGUUAUGUCAAGGAAGGACAUGAGGCUGGUUUGAUAUGAUCUGCCCUUGGCAAAGCCGUGCUAGCUCCCUUGCGGCUGAAUCCUCUCUGGUUGACAAUCCACCUGGCUCUUUGUGUGUCACCCCACACCUGAAAGUUGUUGCUGUAUUUCCCUGCCUUCAGCCCUAUGGAGCUGCUGAGCCUCCAUGAGCUUUCUGAGGAGGCUCUAUUAGGUGAUGCUGUGAGCACACAGGGGAGCUUUUUUGGACCCUCCUGGCUGCAACCUGCAUGUAACACCUGGUGUCCCGUAGUCUUUGUUCUGUGCUCUGGCCUGCCACUAUGAAGAAUAAACAAAAAUGAUAAGGAGCAGCCCAGUAGCUUGUUUAAUUUCCCUAUGAAGCAAUAUCUACUCUUUCUCCUUCUGAUUUUCCAUGUCCUGGGGAUACCCUUAGCUCUCUCAGUUCUAUCCCAGCCUACCUGUUGUAGCUCUUCAUGUUUCCUCAUUGCCACAUGCUGCUACAUGGCUGUGUCUGUUCCAAGCCUGGCAAUGAAAGAAUUCCAGCUUUGUGGCUUUCUCUGAUUCCUUUUUUUCUUCCAUGGUGCUGUUAUUUAUCCUCUCUUUACUCCUGCUAGAGAAGGCACUUUUCUUACACACAUGAGAGAAGAGAGCUGCUGCAAGAUUCAAAACGUCCUGAAGUCAGCUUGCAACACAGAUUUAUCCUUUUGAGAAAGUGUGAAGUCAUGUUGCUGCCUUUUGUAAAACCCUUCAGUCUGUCCAUGCCAAAAGUUCCUGAUUUUGUCUAUGCAAACACAGAGCUAUUCUAAACUAUAGAAGAAAAAAAGAUAAGUUGUCUUAUGACAGAAAUAAUAGUUGCCUUCAGCGAUGUUCUUUAUUUUUACAAGAUUUUGAUGAAUACAAUGUUUUCAAUGUGUUCUCCAAACUAGAUGGCACCACAAAAAGUUGUAGGUAUUUUUCUCUCCAUUGCAGACCUGGAGCAGAGAAGGAAGUAGCCUCUUGUGGAAGGCCACAUACAUAUUUGUUUCUUUGUGUCCUGCAUUAAACAGGACAGCUCUUCAGCAGGUCAGAAACUGCCCUGGCAAUUGGCGUAUUUGCUUAAGUAAUUCAGUAGCAUUUCUGCUUUGUAACGAACAAAGUAUGUUACGUUAAAAUUCCUCCAAAAUACUGAGAAAUAAGUUUUGAACUGGUCAGGGCAUGUGCUACCUACAUGAAAUAUCCUUCUGUUUUAUUCACUCUAUAAUUCUGUUUUUACUUCCACCUGCUAUUUCUUUUGAUUCAACCGCAUAAAAGUGUAAAAGGUUUAUUGUUAUUAUUUUGUAAGCUCUUUGCUGUGAGAGGACUAUUAUGUCUGAGAAAAUGACUACAGUAAGCUUUUCUCGUACAAAUGUUUCGUAUACUUAAUACUAAAAAAAUAAAAAUGUCAAAA